AUGCCCCCGAAAAGAUUCCCCACGCGGCAUCUACACACCCUUAGAACACACAAUGGCCCCGUCAACGCCGUUACCUUCUCUAGCUACCCCGGCACCUAUGUCCUGACAGGCUCCUCAGAUCGUGCGAUUCACCUCUCUCGAGCUGUCCCCAGCAAUGCAGAAAAUUCCGCGACGCCGGUAGAAACAACCACUCCCAUCCAGCGGUAUGAGGCACACGGCUACUCGGUACUUGACGUAGCCGUCGCCACGGAUAAUGCACGCUUUGCCAGUGUCGGAGGCGAUCGGCAGGUGUUCUUGUGGGAUGUCGAGCAGGGAGGGACUACGAGGCGAUGGACUGGCCAUAACAGCAAAGUCAAGGCUGUGCAGUUUGCGGGAGAGGGUGAUUCGGUCGUUGUUUCUGGCAGUGCAGACACCACGAUUAAUCUGUGGGAUACUCGAUCCAACGCCAACAAGCCAAUCCAGACUCUCGCUGAGGCGAGUGACACCGUCUCGUCUCUACAUGUGAAUAUGCCUACGUACUCGAUUGCCAGUGGUAGUUACGAUGGGCAUGUUCGGGUCUAUGAUGUUCGCAUGGGCAAGACAACAGUUGACGUUCUGGCCCACCCUGUGACGAGUGUACGGUGCUCUGUUGAUGGCAAUGCGCUGCUGACGUCCACGUUGGAUAGCUAUAUCCGAAUGCUGGAUCGCACAGAUGGAUCACUCCUCGCAGCUUUCGGCGGACCAUCUAAGAAAGCUGAGGGGCCUACGCUGGGAAUUCUCGAUACCAAGCCACGCCAUACGUAUCGCAACACCGAGUUGCGAGUCCGCUCUGUCUUUGCGCAGGGUGAUGCAGUGGUUCUCAGUGGAAGUGAGGCGGCUCCUAAAGGUGAUGGCACUGCAACUGGUGCAGCCGUCUUCGCAUGGGAUAUAUUGAGUGGCGAAACUGUUGCGACGGUGCCAAUGGGAGAGAAUGUCAAGGCCGUGAGCUGCGUGGCGUGGAAUGAGAAGGGCUACUGGGCAGCCGGAUGUGCGGAUAGUACCGUCCGGGUAUUUGGUUGA